CAUGUCAAAGGAAGGUUUCGGCAUGCUAACUCCGUCUGGUCGGGUUUGAAUGUCAGAUUAGAAACGGCUGAAAAGAAUAUUGCAAGAAGCAGACAAUACGCGGACUUCCCCUUAAAGUCUCACUAAAAUGCGCCGUCAAAAUGCAUCUUUUAUUUUGGGACUAGCUUCCCUUGUAAUUCACGGAUUAGUACAGUGCAACGGCCGCAUUUUGCGUGAUGACGCGCCGUUACCCAAUCCCGACUGCAUGUACUUCCCGUUCGACACGACCCUCCUCUGCCCGAGCGGGAUGACCAUCCCGGGAAACUUUGACGUCUCGAAGAUCCGCAAAGACGUCCAGCAGAUCACCAUCAACGGCCCGGCGCGCAAUGUCCUACGCUCCGAUGCCCUGCCUUUGCCGGCCGACUUGACCAAUCUGACGCAGAUCAUCUUCAACGGUUUCACGGAUGAGAACAACUCCCGCAUUCUGAUCAAGCGUUUUGUCGACAACGUUAAAGGUCACCUGACGAGCCUCGGUAUCGCCAACAGCAAAGUGGGGUUCCUGGAGGACGGUUUUCUCCAGGGAUUCUCGCAACUAGAGGAACUGAAUUUCGCCAAGAGCGACAUAUCGUCCAUCAGCCGGACGGCGCUGCAACGAGACGGUUCGACGUUUUUAAGCGUCAGUCUGUUGGAGAACCAGCUGGAAACCAUUGACUGGGCCGUUUUUCAACCGCUUUCCCAAACGUUAACGGCACUGCAAAUCGACUCACAACGUCCGGGACUGAAAUCCAUCAGCUGUUCCUCCAGCUUCCGCUUUGCCAACGCCCUUAGUUCUCUGCAGCUGGGCAGCAACCAGCUGGAAUCCUUGCCGCAGUGCGUCCUGGACUCGUUGAACUACAACACUAACUCCCAUAUCGGCGUGGACAAUAAUGCCUUCUGCCCAACGGACGGAGCAUGCACGUGUCCCGCCGUGCAGCCGUUCCUGGGCUUUGCCUGCGCUUUCUCCGCCGUCAACCCCGGUUCCGGUCUGAGCUUCAAGUGCGGCACGGGGCCCAAUCAGCGCUCGUGGAAUCUGCAGCAGAUGCCGCCUGAUGCGCCCUGCACUAGCGGAGUGCCAUCGUUCUUGCAGACCAGCUGGUUAAUUUUAAUAGCGGUCACACUGAGUUUCUUUACACUGGAGUAAACAAUUUGGAAGUUUAUUCAGCUGAGCAGCUCCGCUGGACGAAAUGGCGAUUGUGACUUGCGAUAGUAAAAUUCUAGCUGGAUUUUAAGCGAAUGAAAAAUAAAAGAGUAUUUUAUUGCAUAAAUGUACCUGCACAGAAACAAAGCUUCUUCACUAAUAAUGUUUAGCAUAUGUACAAAGUAAUACUGACCGAGCAGUUUUUGGCUCCUGCUG